UAUAAAGACGACGAUCGAUCGGGAUGAAAAUAGAUAUCAUCAUGUGGCAGUAUCGAACGAUCGGCUUUUUAGCUUUAUUACUUGCAGCAUGUGUCCAAGCACGAGAAGAUGAAUUACUCCGAUCGAAGCGUUACAGUGGAGGCUCAUUUGCCUCCAGUAGCGCUAGCAGUUCAGCCAGUGCAAGCUCGUAUGGUGGUAGCAGUUCCUCUAAAUCAAGUUCUCAAGCCGUCGGUAGUGCUUCAGCAGGUGCACAAUCUUCAGCUCUGACAAAUGCCGGUGGAUAUGGAGGCGACGGUCAUAGUGGUUUCGGAGGCAGUGGUAGCGGCGGAUAUGGCGGUAGCCAUAGUGGGGGAUUAGGAGGUGGCGGUAGUCACGGUGGUUUCGGAGGCAAUAGUGGCGGAGGAUAUGGCGGUGGUCAUGGUGGAUUUGGAGGUGGCGGUAGCCAUAGUAGUUUAGGAGGUAGCAGUGGUCACAGUGGUUUUGGAGGCGGUAGUGACGGAGGGUAUGGCGGUGGUCAUGGUGGACUUGGAGGUAGCAGUAGUCAUAGUGGCGGAUUAGGAGGUGGCGGUGGUCACGGUAGUUUUGGAGGCGGCGGUAGCCAUAGUGGUGGAUUAGGAGGUGGCGGUAGUCACGGUGGUUUCGGAGGCAGUAGUGGCGGAGGAUAUGGCGGUGGUCAUGGUGGAUUUGGAGGUGGCGGUAGCCAUAGUAGUUUAGGAGAUAGCAGUGGUCACAGUGGUUUUGGAGGUAGUGGCGGAGGGUAUGGCGGUGGUCAUGGUGGACUUGGAGGUGGCGGUAGUCACAGUGGCGGACUAGAAGGUGGUUUCGGAGGCGGAAGUAGCGGAGGAUAUGGCGGUGGCCACGGCGAUUUCGGAGGCGGUAUCGGUCAUGGAUAUGGAAGUGGCGGUGGCUAUGGAGGUGGCGGACACAGAGGCAGUGGCGGUGCAUAUGGACUCGGAGGCUAUGAUGAUCACGGUAGUGUAGGAGGCGGCGUUAAUAAAGUUGGUGGAGGUGGUUAUGGAGGAAGUAGUGCCAGUGCUGGCAGUUAUGGAGGAAGUGGCUCCAGAGGCCACGGUAGUGGUGGCCUUGGAGGAUAUGGUGGUGGUUCUAGUAGUAGUCAUGGUGGGGCUGGUUCUAAUGUAGGUACUUACGGAAGUGGUGGUAUCGGGGGUUACGGUAAAGGUGGUCAUGGUACUGGUUAUGGCGGUGCGGGCAGUUAUGGAGGUAGUGAAAAAGGAUUUGGAGGAAGUGGUCCUGGCGAAUUUGGCAUUGGGCAUGGAGAAACAUUAGGAGGACAUGGAGCAGGUUUAAGCGGUGGAACAGGAGGAUUGGGCGGUGGAUGUAUUGGUGGAGGAUGCGGUUUUGGUAGUGGUAGUUCUAAUGCCCAAGCUAGUGCAAGUGCAAAUGCUGGUGCUGGAAGUGGUGGAUAUGGAGGUCACAAAGGACUCGGCGGUCAUGGACCAGGAGUAGACUUAUUUUCCCGAAUCGGUGACACUGAUGAAGGUACAAGUCAAAGCGGUACUAUUGAGGGUGCCAAAGGAGUUUAUAGCAGCAGCGCGGCGAACAUAGACAGUACUGGUAAAGGUACAUACUCCGUUAAAGCCGGCAAAAUCUCGGCAUAAAUCACGUUUAACUUUCAUUUUGAUGAUUUUAUUUUCGAAAAUUGGUUGUUGUUAAAAAUCUUGACAAUCAAAAAUGCAUAAACUGUGAUUGCAAGCUGUCUUGACAUAAAUAUAAAUUAAUUUGAGAUCUACGAUUAAUAAUUUUUUAACUGUCAAAUGUGUGAUGUGACGCUUAAAAUAAAUCCAUGGAAUUAUAUAA